AUGGAGCUAAAAAGAACAUCUAAUAUUCAGGAUAUUCAGAAACAAGAAUUGACGUCUGACAGAUAUAAAAAAGUAACAAGAGAAAAAGAGAAUAAAUCACCAAAGAGAGGUAAAAAGAAUAUAACAUUUGAUUGCGAAUCUUCUGACACUGAUGAAGAAGUCGUUUAUGCUGAAAGUGACAAUAGUCCCUAUAUUAAUGAAGAAAAGACCAGUAUCACGAGCAAAAUAAAUGACAAAAUAGACCAAAAUUUUAACUUCUUACAAAGGGAACUUGAAAUAAUUAAGGAAACUAACUCCAAACAUGACAAAAGAAUUAGUGCCAUAGAAAAACACAUUAGGCAAAGGAAUGUCAUAUUCUUUGGGGUACAAGAAGGUGAAAAAUCAUAUCAGGAGUUGGAAGGAACCGUGUUACAAACUAUUAAAGACGAGCUUAAGCUGGAAUGUGACAGAAAAGAAUUAGAGACGGUCCGGAGAAUGGGAAAAUACUUAAAAAGCAAAACAAACACAAAACCUACAAAUCCUCCCCCAGAACGACUCGUCACCGCGGGGGUUGUAGACGACCACCCUCCAAACCUAAAAAAAUAUUAUAUAUCUACAUUCAAUCUCAGAUCAUUAGCAAAUGAAGCAAGAAUAGCUGAAUUGGAAUACGCGAUAUCGCAAAUUAAUUGGGACAUUAUCGGUAUAGCUGAAGCGAGAAGACUGGGUUAUAAAAUAGAAGACAGAGGAAGAUAUCUUCUUCAUGGGGAAACAAAAGGAGAGAACGGUGUUGGAUUCCUGGUAAAGAAACAAAACAAUACAGAAGUACAUGAUUUUAUAGCGAUAUCCGAACGUUAA